AUGGAGGUCGCCCAAGCCAAGACCGACGUCAAGGACGUCGUGAGCAACCUCCUCUCCCACGACCCCGUCGUCUUCAACUCGACCAUCAACGCCCACUUUGCCUCGGGCUGCACCUACGCCGGCCACGGACUCAGGAUCCACGGCGCAAGCAACCUCAAGCACGCCGCUUUCCUCUUCAACCUCUUGGACGCCGGCAGCGCCGCAAAGAUCGACGACAGCGACAUCCGCUGGGACGAGGCCUCGAGCACGGCCCGCGUCAAGGCUACCAGGUUCCUGAGGCCUCGCCUCUUCCCCCUCUUCCAGUUUGCGGUCCCCACCGAGGUCACGCUCACUUUCAACCCUUCCUCGACCGACGCCGAUGCCAAGAGCGAAAAGAGCCAGCUCCUCUACUGCACCUCGUUUGAGGACAAGUGGCCCCUCGACUCGCUCAUCAGGAGCCUGCCCAUCAUCGCCUUCUUCUACACGCACUUCUUCACUCCGCUGGCCACCAUUUUCGUCCUGCAGCUCUCCAACUUCGUCUUUGCCCUCCAUGCUCGUCUGGGCUCGUGGGAUCGCCGCAUGGUGGAGCCCACGGUCAAGACGUACCAGGACAGCGUCGACCCUCGCCUGCCCAAGGGGCUCAAGGAUGGCUUCGAGCGGGGCAUGAACCUCGCAGAGGGUCUUGGCGGCCACGCCAUCAGCCUGGUGACGACCCUCUCUCACGGACCCCUGCGGGCCAUUGAGACGGUGGCGCAGACGAGCACCUCCCUCGCCAACGCCGUCCUGCCUGGCGCGCUGCAGCUGCCGUACCCGAGCGUUUUUGGCGACGAUGCGGCCACCUCCAGCGGUAAGCUGUCGAGCAAGAGCAAGAACCGCGAAGGCCUGGUCCUCUUUUCCGACUCGAACCCCGCCCGACGCAUGUCAAACUCGCAGAUGCCCGAGAUCCGCCUCUCGCCUAGCGACGAGCAGCCGCCGAGCUACCGCAGCGUCGAGUCGUCGUCCGAGGAGGGCGAGGGUGCCAAGGGCAAGAGCAAGAGCAAGAGCAGCGGCAGCGGCAGCGGCAAGUCGAAGAGCAAGAGCAAGUCCACGAGCGCCAGCCCCAGCGGCAGCGGCAGCAGCAGCGGCAGCGGCAAGUCGAAGAGCAAGAGCAAGUCCACGAGCGCCAGCCCCAGCGGCAGCGGCAGCAGCAGCGGCAGCAGCAAGCCCGACAAGAAGGCCGCCACGGUCGAGGAUGACAACGGAGAGAACGACGAGGGCACGCAGAAGCACGCCAAGGUGGUCGUGGGCGACGCCAACAGCGGCGAGGGGGCCAAGGAGAUUGACGUCGUGACGCACGAAGUCACCGAGACAGGCGGCGACAAGGACCAGGGCGGAGCGUCGCUCUACUCGCAGCUCAAAAAGGACGGCGAGCUCGAAGAGUCGCUCCUGUCGGCCGAGCACGCCGCCGACGGUGCUGGCAGCGACACGACCUCGGCCCAGUCGAGCCCCAAGCUCGACCAGGACGACGGCGGUGCCGCCCCGGCCAAGACGUCGUCGUCGUCGAGCGGCGCCGGCGGCAGCAAGAAGAAGAAGAAGAGCAAGAGCAGCAAGACCAAAAAGUGA